CAAGCACAGAGCUGUUAACGGAUUACGAAGUUUCCUAUUUAUUUAUUUUUGGUUUCUUGGUUGCAUGACCAGGCCAUGGCUUCUCUAAAGAAUAGGGGAUAUAGUGGGCAUGGACAGGCCAUGGCUACUCUGAAGAAUAGGGGAAUUUUUUCCCCUGGGGACGACAUUGGGCAUGACCAGGCCAUGGCUUCUCUAAAGAAUAGGGGAUAGUGGGCAUGAACAGGCCAUGGCUACUCUAAAGAAUAGGGGAAUUUUUUCCCCUGGGGACGACAUUGGGCAUGGCCAGGCCAUGGCUUCUCCAAAGAAUAGGGGAUAUAGUGGGCAUGGACAGGCCAUGGCUACUCUGAAGAAUAGGGGAAUUUUUUCCCCUGGGGACGACAUUGGGCAUGACCAGGCCAUGGCUUCUCUAAAGAAUAGGGGAUAGUGGGCAUAUACUGGGCAUGAACAGGCCAUGGCUACUCUGAAGAAUAGGGGAAUAUUUUCACCUGGGGACGACAUUGGGCAUGACCAGGCCAUGAAUAUUCUAUUAUGCCUUCCGGUUUAAACCAGUUCAUUUCGGUUGGUUACCAGUACUCUGCUGAGCCUUACUAGAACCCCACAAGAGAGACGGGUAUUAUGGGUCAUGUAAAUAAUUCCAUCUAAUUGAACAAUAGCCAAUGGUGCAUCUCCCGAGUUCCCAUAGUGCGGGUCAAUUUGUUCAAAUGGUUCUCCCUGAAAGGGACUGUAGCCAUCACCCUUCGGGAAAACAUUGAAGCAUGGGGGAUGAAAGUAUACGGCGACUAGAGAUGGAUUACUAAAGGUAGGUGCAGAGUCUUAACUAGUUCCAAGGUCAACGGCGAAAGUGAUUAAAACUAAAUCAAAAUAGACCACAAAAUGGUUA